UUCGCGUAAAGCUUAUCUUCUCAAUUCUCAUCUUCUAUUUAACCAUAUCUAUAUUUUAAAUCUCGCAUACAAUCCAUCCUUAGCAAUAUGGAUAUCAUUGAUCUUCUCAUUCUUUGUUCGGCACUCAUUUUUCUCCGUUUAUGGUGGCGAUAUUGGUCCAUCACCGGUGGUGGGGCAAUUAAUCUCCCACCUGGCCCCCCAGGUUGGCCGCUAGUGGGUAACUUGUUUCAAGUUAUCCUCCAACGCCGUCCCUUCAUCUUUAUAGUACGUGAUUUACGUGAAAAGUAUGGUCCGAUUUUCACAAUGCAAAUGGGUCAACGUACUCUCGUUAUAGUAACCAGCUCUGAGUUAAUCCAUGAAGCUCUAGUCCAAAGAGGCUCCACCUUUGCUAGCAGGCCAGCAGACUCGCCUAUCCGGCUUGUAUUUAGCGUUGGAAAAUGUGCUAUUAAUUCUGCGGAAUAUGGCCCUCUCUGGCGAACUCUUCGCCGCAACUUUGUUACUGAGGUAACAAGUCCGGUGAGAAUCAAGCAGUGCAGUUGGAUAAGGCAAUGGGCAAUGGAAAAUCACAUGGAAAGGAUAAAAAGGGAGGCUUUUGAAAAUGGGUCUGUUGAGGUUAUGAGCAAUUGCAGGCUCACUAUAUGCAGCAUUCUAAUAUGCAUUUGCUUUGGAGCAAGAAUCUCUGAAGAUAGAAUCAAGCAUAUAGAAGCUGUACUAAAAGAGGUUAUGCUAAUGACAACCCCAAAGCUACCAGAUUUCUUGCCAGUCCUUGCUCCUUUGUUUCGCAGACAAAUGAAAGAAGCCAAAGAACUAAGGAGAAAGCAGAUGGAGUGUUUGUUUCCAUUGAUAAGAAACAGGAGAGCCUUUAUUGAAAAAGGCGGAAACCCUAAUGAGGAGAUGGCGAGUCCAGUUGGUGCAGCUUAUAUAGACUCGUUGUUUGAGCUAAAACCAGCUAAUAGAGGCCAAUUAGGGGAGGAAGAAUUUGUGACACUCUGCUCCGAGGUUAUCAGUGCAGGAACUGACACUAGUGCAACAACCAUUGAAUGGGCGCUGCUUCAUUUGGUGCAAAACCAAGAAAUUCAAGAAAAGUUGUACAAGGAAAUUGUUGAAUGUGUAGGUAAAGACGGAGUGGUAAAAGAAGAGGAUGUUGAGAAAAUGCGUUAUCUUGGAGCUGUUGUUAAAGAAACUCUCCGGCGGCACCCACCCAGCCAUUUCUUGUUAUCUCAUGCUGCAACGAAGGAGACAGAGCUUGGUGGCUACACAAUUCCGGCAGGUGUUAACGUGGAGCUUUAUACUGCAUGGGUGACUGAAGAUCCGGAAAUGUGGGAGGAUCCGAGAGAGUUCCGACCUGAGAGGUUCUUGAAAGGUGAUGGGGUUGAUGUGGAUCUGACCGGAACUCGUGGGUUGAAGAUGGUGCCAUUUGGAGCCGGACGGCGUAUUUGCCCAGCUUGGAGUCUGGGUACUUUACACGUGAAUUUGUUGCUGGCUAGGAUGAUACAGGCUUUCAAGUGGUUGCCGGAUCCGCAUUCUCCACCGGACCCAACUGAGGCUUUUGCUUUCACUGUUGUGAUGAAGAAUCCAUUAAAGGCUGUGAUCUUGCCCAGAUCAUGAAUUGGAAAUUAAUUUGGUUUUAUGCUUUAUGUGUCGCAGUUGCUGAAUUAAUUAGUCCUAUUAGUCUUUGUUCACUGCCUAAUAAUUAUAAGUUUAAUGAUUAAGAACACUCAAAUUUUAGUAAAUUAAGCAUUUAAAAGGUUAUUUCAA